CUUUGCAAUACCGCUGGGGGGAAAAAAAGGAUCUUCUCUUUUCCCGUCGUCACUUGGUCUUCAACGGCCAUUUGAAACACACACACACACACCCAGUGGCAGUGCGGUCCAAUUUAGGCCUGGCAGGGAAGCGACUUUCCACCCCACCUGAAUGAAAAAUGGCAUCAGCCUUGAGGAGCCGGAAGAUAGCUUCCCAUACUGAGUUCCAAGGAGUGCCGAAGGAGGUUCAGAAAGAUAGACCUCAAGAAGGAGAAGAUGGUUUUGAGCCAGAAGAAGGUCCAGGAGAUGCCCUCAAGAGCCCCAAGGCCAAGCAGGCGGGAAAGCUUGAAGGCCGGCCCAGUCCAGGAACACCAAAGGAAAGUCAAUCGAAGCCAGAGAAAAGCUUCCAUCUUUGGGAGACGGAAUACCAGGAGUUUCUGGAAGAUUCGGUCUUGGAGGACCAGUUACUUGAGCAGUUGUCCCCGUGGGCUAAUAGCCGGGCCUUCCUGGCUUCCUUCGAACAAGUGGCCAUGGCCUGCCGCUGGCCGAGAAAAGAAUGGGUCGUCCGGCUGCUGCCUUCCCUCAGCGAGGACGCCGAGAAGGCUUUCGUCAGCCUGAGCGCCCAGGACCGAGAAGACUUCCAGAAGGUCAAGGUGGCCAUUUUGCGCCGCGAGGCGGCCGCCCGGGAAAGCAAGCGGAAGGAGUUCCGCCGCUUGUGCUACCAAGAAGCGAACGGCCCCCGAGAGGUCCAUGCACGGCUGCAGGAGCUGUGCCACCAGUGGCUGAACGUGGAGAGGUGCGGCAAGGAGCAAAUCCUGGAAAUGCUGAUCCUGGAGCAGUUCCUCAAAGUCCUGCCGCAGGAGAUGCAGAACUGGGUCCAGGAACAUUUUCCUGAGAAUUGUGCCCAAGCCAUAGGUUUGGCGGAGGAGUUCAUAAAAAGGCUGCAAGGAGAUGAAGAGGAAGUGACAGAGGCAGAAGAAGCGGCUUCGUUUUCUCUCCAGACGAAGGAGAUCCAGCUGGCGACGGGGAAACCACAGACCGAGGAAAAGAGGGAGAUGGAUAAAGGGUCCAACUUUUCAGAGAAACGUCCUCAAGGUUACAAGCAGACUAGCGUGAGCAAGAAGGGGUACCUGCAGUGGGCCCGCUAUGGAGAAGCCAGAUUGAGAGCCCGCUUUCCAGGAAGAGCAAAUACGGUGCUCCCCUACCGCUGGAAACAAAGAGGGCAAACCCUGGAAUGUCGCCUCUCGCAGCCGCUGAGGAGAGGCCGCCCCCUGCGCCCAGUCGAGACCUUCCCCUCCGCUCCGCCGCUGCCGUCACCAACGCCGCCGUCUCCUUCUUCUCUCCCAAAAAUUGUGGUGAAACGGAGGACGUCCCGUUUCCUCCAGAACGAGGCCCUCCAGCAUACAGUCAAAACCUGCCCGGAAUGCCACGUCACCUUCAACGGGCUGGCCAGCUUCCGCCGCCACCAGAUGUGCCACACGGGGGAGAAGCGGUACACCUGCUCUUUCUGCGGCAAGGGCUACUGCUUCAGAUCCGAGCUGGCUCGCCACGAGUGCCGGCACGUGGGCCGGAAGCCCCACGAGUGCUCCUACUGCGGGGAAGGGUUUGACCGCAAGUGGUGGCGUGACCAACACCAAAUGGAGCACAUGAAGAGCUCCUCCAGGUUUUGAUCAGCUGGGCGGCAGGGGAGAGAAAAUGGAAAUGGGAUAGAGAUGGGCACGAACUGCUGAUUUGGCGGUUCGUGGCAGUUCGCUUAGUGGCCAAACAGGUAUUUGGUGCUUCUCAGCCCUGCCUCCCCCAGCAGGAACCCAUUCAGGGGCAGCGCCCAGAGGAGGCAGGGCAAGGAAGCCAGGGUGCUGCCUUUGAGUGGGCACGGCUUUGAAACACUAAACACCUGUUUGACUGAUAAACGAACCAGGCAUAGCCGGUGGUUUGUGCCCAUCUCUAUAAACAGGAACAUUUUGUAGAUAAAGGGUGGUGAUAAGUAGAAUAUUUUUACUAUUUGCAUCCAAUUUUUUUUUUACAGUUUAGCUGGCUCACCCGGGCAAAAUUUUCCAUCUUUUUAGAAGGGUAUUUCUAAUGCUUCUUGUUGACUUAGUCCAUCUUUCCUCUGGGAACCCACAGCAAAAUGUGGUUUAAUCAGUAAAAGUUAGAUUUUCUUGUAUAAGGGUAGCGACAUUGGAAGUCCUUCUAUUAUGACGGAUUAUAACUCAAUUUAGCCAGCUUCCCCAUACAAAAUAACUGAGCUGGUUGUGUGGUUUAACGCUUGCGAACCAACCGCAAAACCCACAUUACUGUCGGUAACCAGAGAGGCAAUAUAGGCUUGAGCCUGUACAUGCAACAUUCCCAGAGAUGACAAAAAUAAUAGAUCUGUUUUGAGUGGCCCGAAGUAAGUGUAGGCUUUGCACCUACUGAGGCCUCUCAUUUUUUGACUAGAGGGGGUGAUCCAUGGUCUUUGAGCAAAUCCCUUUGGUCUUUGAGCAAAUCUCUGCUUGCAAAAGUAAACAACUUACUUUUGUGCAAGUAAAUUCUGCUUGCACAAGAAAGUUCUUUGCUUGGCUGGAAAAAUUAUCCAAAAUGGUGCCUGGAAUGGGAGAAGGUAGCAUUCGGGUGCCCACCCUGGCCAUUGUCGAGCCCUAAGAGUGUCGCUCUGUGACGCACUGCUCGUCGCCAAGAUUCAAAAGCAAAUUUUUUUGGCGUCUGUUGCUUUCAGAGUUUUAUAGUUUUAUUCGGUGUUUUGGUGCUUUAUGGCAUUCAUUGGAUUUUUUAAAAA